CAGCUGAGACUUACUAAGUAGUUGCAUUCUUUUUUUUAUUUUAUUGGUAGAAGUAAGGCCAACAGCUUCAUACUACUGUCAAGCUCAGGGGAUCAAAGUAUCAUUUAGCUUCAAAGAGUAGUGCACUUUCAUUUAAGCAAAAUAAGCAUGGUUGAUUAUGGUGUGGAAAGAAAGAAGUCAAUGGAAGCACGCUACUAUUAUGGCAUCGUAUUCCUGAUAAUGAAUCUUGUUACCUGGUUUUUCCGUGACUAUGGCCAAACUGUCUUCUUACCUUGGCUUCAUUAUAUAAAAGUUUGCGGAAAUGAAGGAGAAGAAUGUUUUCAUUCACUGGGAGUUCUGCGUGUGAGUUUAGGAUGCUAUAUAUUUUUCCUAGUUAUGUUUCUUACUACAGUUAAGACAAGAAAAUUAUGUGAAGCUCGGAAUUCAUGGCACUCUGGAUGGUGGGGAUUGAAGUCUAUUUUAUUACUUGUAUCAAUGGCACUCCCAUUCUUGUUGCCUUCAGAAUUUGUUCAAAUAUAUGGUGAAAUUGCACGUAUUGGUGCUGGAAUUUUUCUUUUUCUACAGCUUGUUAGUGUUGUCCAUUUUAUCACAUGGUGGAGUCACUACUGGAUUCCAGACGAAGAAAUAAGGAGAAUAGAGAUAAUCAGAUUCGAGUUUUAA